AUGGGUUUGUCGCGUUCGCGAAGGCAAUCUUCUGAGUGCCUCAGCCCCAGUACACCACCGCCAUCACCUCAACCUUCCUCCGCCUUUGAGGACUUCGAAGUCGACUCUCCUCCCUCGAGGCCUAUGCGCGAGACCUUCCUCUCUGGAACUUCAACACCAAACGGGCACUUGAGCUCCCGACCUCCCUCCAUGACCGAAAUCCUCCUCGAUGUCGCCUCGCCACCGUGGACCCUCAGCGCCUUCAUGGCUUACCUCUCUAGGAACCACUGCCUGGAGAGUCUCGAAUUCACUCUUGACUCACAACGAUAUGCUGCCUUCUACAACGAAAUCAUUACCGAGAACCCGAACCGCACUCAAGAAAGCCAAAACCACGUCUGUGUUUUGUGGGAAAAGCUCAUGCAGGUCUACAUCAACCCUUGCGCUUCAAGAGAGGUGAACCUUCCUGCCCGCAUCCGGGAUCAGCUACUCAACCUCCCCUGUGGCCUGAAUCCUCCCCACCCAUCCCAGCUGGACGAAGCGGGUCAGAUCAUCUACGAACUGAUGAACGAAUCUUUGCUUGUACCCUUCCUUCAAUCAGUUGCUCUCAUGCAGCUUGAUGAACCUUCCGGUGAAACUAUUUAUGAACCUCGGCGACCCUCUAACACCAGCAGCCGCAUUGGUGCGCCUGCUCGCUCAAUGAACUCGAUGCAUCACAUUGAGCCCGACUCUUUGACCGACAACAGCGACCGAAACUCGCCCCCAGCAAUGGAACCCGUGACUCCUCCCACUACCCGGCCCACAUCAGAAUGGGCCUUCAUCACCUCCCCUGGCGGUCUUCAGCGUGCCGUAGCUACACACAACAAAGGAUGGAAAAAGAUGGGUGCCAAGCUGGGCUUCAACCGCAAAAGGUUAGAAGUGGAACCCAAAGACAUCGGAAUCUUUGGCUACUUUUCAGCCGACUACCAGUACUUCUACGUCCAAGUCUCAAGAACACAAGUCGCCAGUCACCAGCGGGUAGCGAUCAAGAUUAACUGUGAGGAUAUGACCUCCCCUUCGACCAUUUCGGAUAGUUGA